UUGUGACAGAGAGGCCUCUAUCAGAGUUGAUAUCCAUUGCUAGGAUUUGGGUAUAUAACCCCAGGUUUCACAUCCAGUCAUCAUUCAACUCUGCUACUUGCACAGUUAUACAUUCAAAGCUCAAACAGUGAUUCAGAGAUUUGAGGUUCUGGUAUUAUUACUUGUAUCAUGGCAUACAUGCAUACUGACCGACCAAGGACGAUUGAUACCAAGACUCUGCUCCAGUUCUCCCCACUCUUCAUGGCUCCUAGUCUGACCAGUCUUAGAUCGGAGCUUUCAAUGGCCGAGUCAGCAUCUGCUGCCUUGUCGCACAGCUUCAACUCUCACAUCCCUGCCAGCCACCUACCAACAGUUGAUCACAUGCGGCCCUCCCAAGUUGCCAGAUCUCCAACCGGUACCAUUAUGUAUGGGAUGACAUCUACACCUACCACCAGUGCCAGCCAUAUAGCAGCUCCUUCUCCACUGUACCCUUCCAUGCAGACUUCCAGGACGUCUCUACCCCACCCAGCACCCAUGAUGCCCCUACCCCAUCCAUCACCACUGGCUUCCUUUACCAUGCCACCAGCUCCGUCCUACCUGGCCCUGUCUGCGCUCACUUCAACACCACAGUCUGCCCAGAUGUCCACCCUGCCGCAUACCCAGGGGUAUUCCCCCUCCAUGACCACCCCAGCGACACAGCCACUGUCUCUGCCACCCAUGCUCCCCACCCCACAAGCUCAGUUGCCAGCCCUAGAGAACCCAAGCUGCCUCAACAGACUUCAGAGCAAUCCCAUGUUCCAAGACCUUCAGAAGCUUUUGUCACAGGAGUGCAGACACCUACAGGUGCCAGCCAGUCUCAUCACAACAAGUUGGAAUUCCCAUCAGCUGCUUACUCCUUCAACUGUUGACACCAACCAAAGAGUUGCCUCCCUUCAUGCUGCUCUCCAGGAUGAGUUCCUGCGUCUCCAUGCCGACACAACCCUCCGUAGUGACAGCCAGCAACUUGAACAUUACUACUGCACUGAGGUUGGCCGUGUUGAGAUGGAACGUUACCAGGCCCUGCAUGCCGUCCACUGCUCAGAACACCAGAAGUACUCCAUCAACAUCCACUUUGACAACGAGAGAAUCUCCCUUUGCCAGCACCUUGACAAGGAGAUCCAGCAUUUGAAGCUCACAAAGAACUCAAGAACUGCUCCCACCCACCAAGAUCGCCUGUCUCCCAUCAGCGACAUGUCCAGCCCCCUCACACCACCAUCCCUUCUUGAUUCUCCCGCUGAGUCCAUCCCAUCUGCACAGAAGAGUUUCAACAUUGUCGACUUCCUGUCACCCAGCUUGAUUGUUGACACAUCUGCCAAGUCACCAGAUUUCUCUGGAUCUGUUGCCGAAUCCUUCACCAAGAACUUGUCUGCUGACUCGGGGAUCCACAGCCAGGAGUCCUCCCCUGAGACCAGCCACCGUACAGUUACCUCCCCUGUUGAGCCAGUCACCUCCCCUGUUGAGACCACAGUCAGUGAAAACACCCUGGAAAACCAUACCGGCCGUCUUCUGAAGUCUGACACGACCCGCAUCCUUACUGAGUGGUACGAGGCCCACAUCAAGUAUCCCUACCCAAGUGACGAAGAUGUCAAGCAGCUCUCUGACAUAGGAGGGAUUAAGCCUGCACAAGUCCGCAAAUGGCUGGCCAACAAGCGUGUGCGUUCCUUCAACACACUCUCCAUCACAGGCAAUGACCAUCCCAUCAAGUACAAGUACCAAGGACGUCCCAAGAAAACGGAUGCUGCAGCUCCCAGUAACCGUCGCUCCCAGUACAAGCUCCUGACUCCGGCUGCCAAGAAGAUCCUCACUGAUUGGUACGACAGUCACCAGGAGAACCCCUACCCCACAGAGGAAGAGAAGGACGAGCUUGCCGACAUUGCACAAAUAUCCAGCGCCCAGGUCAAGUCAUGGUUUGCCAACAAGCGGAGCCGCAACAACAACACGAGGAAGCAGAUCCCCAACUACUUCAUCAAGAAGUACCCCAGCUACACCCCCAUUGUCGAGAUGGUGGGACAGAUGAGAGCGGCCAAGAAGCAGACCAAGUUUGAUAAUGUUCGUGUUUCACUCUUCCAGUGAACUAUUACUGAUUGUUGAUUGUUAAAGAAAGUCUUUGUUAUUGUUGAUAUGCUAUAGUGCUUUUGUUGACAUGUCUGUAUAUAUGUAUAUACCUGCAAGCUAAGUGAAUGUGAAAAACUGUUCACAGUUCACAAUACUUUGUAAAUACAGUAUCUGUUUUUCAUAUUAAUGAAAUAAAUGUGAAUCGAAAUGAACAUUUCGUUAGCUAAUGUUUUCUUU